AUGAGGAUCCUGGCGCGAGGCAACACGAGCCUGGCCGAGGAGAUGCUGCACCUGCGCGUGGUGCACAGCCUCAUGGCCGCCAUGGGCAACAUGGACCACAGCAACGGCCAGCGGCAGGCCAGCCUCACGCUAGAGUACUUUGUGCAGUUAUUCCCAGUGGUGGAGGAGCACGUGCGCAGGUCCAUGGGGGAGGAACUCUACAAGCUCUUCCGUGGCAACGCCGAGGACUUGUACAGGAGAAUAGAUAGCAAUCAGGCAGACAUCUUGGCGGCCAACGAAGUCAAUGUCACCAAAGAGCUGCAUCUCAGUGGCCUCUCCGACAGCACCAUGAGCUUUUGCUUUGGCCAUUGUAAUCAGGGUCAGGUGGCCUACGUCACACACUUCCAGAGGGAGGCUGUGGGAGAAAAGGAGCAACAGAGCCUCCACGCCAUCGAGCUGAUCAAGGACCUGGUCAACUACGACGUGUGCCCGGCGCUGCUCAAGGGCCUCGUGGCGCUGCUGACACCGUCCUUCAAGGAGACCAGCAAACAGCAGUCCCAGAUCGUCAGCGACUCUUCGGUUCUGCAGCUCACCACCCACCUGCCGUGGUUCUUGCAGCAGGCCGCGGCCACCAGGGCCACCGGGAUCCUGGCGCGAGGCAACACGAGCCUGGCCGAGGAGAUGCUGCACCUGCGCGUGGUGCACAGCCUCAUGGCCGCCAUGGGCAACACGGACCACAGCAACGGCCAGCGGCAGGCCAGCCUCACGCUAGAGUACUAUGUGCAGUUAUUCCCAGUGGUGGAGGAGCACGUGCGCAGGUCCAUGGGGGAGGAACUCUACAAACUCUUCCGUGGCAACGCCGAGGACUUGUACAGGAGAAUAGAUAGCUCUCAGGCGGAUAUCUUGGCGGCCAACGAAGUCAGUGUCACCAAAGCGCCCCUGCCUUCCCCAACCAACGAGCUGAUCAAGGACCUGGUCAACUACGACGUGUGCCCGGCGCUGCUCAAGGGCCUCGUGGCGCUGCUGAAACCGUCCUUCAAGGAGACCAGCAAACAGCAGUCCCAGAUCGUCAGCCACUCUUCGGUUCUGCAGCUCACCACCCACCUGCCGUGGUUCUUGCAGCAGGCCGCGGCCACCAAGGCCACCGGGAUCCUGGCGCGAGGCAACACGAGCCUGGCCGAGGAGAUGCUGCACCUGCGCGUGGUGCACAGCCUCAUGGCCGCCAUGGGCAACAUGGACCACAGCAACGGCCAGCGGCAGGCCAGCCUCACGCUAGAGUACUUUGUGCAGUUAUUCCCAGUGGUGGAGGAGCACGUGCGCAGGUCCAUGGGGGAGGAACUCUACAAGCUCUUCCGUGGCAACGCCGAGGACUUGUACAGGAGAAUAGAUAGCAAUCAGGCAGACAUCUUGGCGGCCAACGAAGUCAAUGUCACCAAAGCCAUCGAGCUGAUCAAGGACCUGGUCAACUACGACGUGUGCCCGGCGCUGCUCAAGGGCCUCGUGGCGCUGCUGAUACCGUCCUUCAAGGAGACCAGCAAACAGCAGUCCCAGAUCGUCAGCGACUCUUCGGUUCUGCAGCUCACCGCCCACCGGCCGUGGUUCUUGCAGCAGGCCGCGGCCACCAAGGCCACCGGGUAA